AUGUUGGGGAGGUCGGCGGGGCGGCUGGCGGGGGUCGUGGCGCUGGUCACGGGGGGCGCCAGCGGCAUCGGCCGCGCCGUGAGCGGCCGCCUGGCCCGCGAGGGAGCGCGCGUGGCCGUGGCCGAUCGCGACAUGUCGGGGGCGGCGGCGACAGCGAAGGAACUCCCCCGCCACUCCCCCCCCGACCACGGAGCCUUCCAGGUGGACGUUGCCGAUCCCAAAAGCGUGACCGGGAUGGUGAGGGGGGUGCAGGAGCACUUUGGGGUCCCCCCCCGUGUCCUGGUGUCCUGUGCUGGGAUCACCCGUGACCGGCUCCUCCUGGAGAUGGGAGAGCAGGAAUUCCGGGAAGUGCUGGGGGUCAACCUGGAGGGGACGUUCCUGGUGACACAGGAGGUGACAAAGGCCUUGGUGGCCUCAGGGGACCCUGAGGGGGCGUCCCUGGUCCUCGUGGGCAGCGUGGUGGCCAAGGUGGGGAAUUUGGGCCAAACCAACUACGCAGCCUCCAAGGGGGGGGUGGAGGGGCUGACCCGGAGCGUGGCCAAGGAGGUGGCCAGGUGGGGACACUUUGGGGACAGUUGGGGACAC